CAGUCUCUACCAUAGUCUUACCAUGGUGUGUCUUAGUGCAGCCCAGGAUUGGCUUACUUUUAAUCUCGUUAAAGGAGACCUAAAUGAUUUACCUGGACAACUAUAUACAGGUGAUAUUUGCAUCGCUGGCACAGACCCUGCCCGGAGUCGGAGAAUUUACGUCAGGUGGGUUUGAGACUGUGAAGUUAUAAGAACACUCAAACACAUAUACGUCUCAAUGGACCACAGGACAUCGCCAACAUGUGAACCGACAAGGUCAAAAACAGCUACGAACACGGAAAUAAUGUUAUACAUCAACAGAAAUGCAAACAAAUGAUCCAAUGUGUGUGAUUUAAAAGGAAUUGCCCUCAUAAUGGAAAGGAAUAACUUUAUGUGUACAAAAUGAUUAAAGGUAGGUGUGAGGCAAGAUUUUAGCCCAGGGGAGAUGUAUGGAAUAGAAAAGCUGUUUAAUAAAAGGAGUCCAUUCAUUUCUCCUCAUUGUUAUUUGACCAGGUACAAGGAGUCCUACAACUUUCUCGAGGAAUAUCAGUGUGGUGGGAGCAUGUACCUCGGAUGUGUUUCUUAAUAAUUAAUUGACAAUAAUUUUCAAUUUGCUGUAGGCCAGAAUCACUUCCACUGAUUGUAACACUUUUUUUCUCUGGAACGUUUGCACUUACAGCAAAUUAAUGAUUUACUAAUCAAAACAGGGCGACAUAUUUCAAGGAAAUUACUUUUGAUGUAUUGGGGCAAAAUUCAGAAAUCUUCAUAUCUCUGACGGAAAUAGAGUGUGCAUGAUCAAGACUCUUCUGUGGAUUAAAAUGAAUGGAGUAGCCACCAAGUUCUAUUCGUAAAAGGAAUAUUUACAAGUGUUUGUGUAAAAUAUAAACCAAUAUAUAUAAUUAUUGUGUAUAUGAUAUCAUGGAUUAAUUAUGCAAAGUUGAAAAGUAAUGUGAUGCUGUUUGUAUUUCUGUGAUAUCUUGUGAUAAUGGUGGUCAUACCUCUGUUAUAGCAAAAGCAAUACAACGCCACCACUGGUGGAGAAAUGAAAUUAAUGCAAUCUUGGGAAUUAACGACCAACGAGUUACUUACGAGGAUAAACAGUUUGUGUCAAGUCAAUAAUUGAGUGUAACAGUGUCGGAACCCUGCCAGUUAAUUCCUUCCUCUGUCCGACAAGUGCUUAUAAAUAAAUUGAUUAUACAUUGUUACCGAUAACCAGAGGAUACAUUACGACAUUCCCUAAGUCUGCGCGUGUAAUUUUAUUUAUUAUACGACAGUUAUACGUAGUGCCAAUGACUGAUCUUAUCACCGAUCACUAAAGGGAGAUAAUACAGAUUCUGACAUGACUUCCCACUACAUGUAAUUCCCUGUUACUGGUGGUAUUGAAUUGAGUACGGAGCUCUCCCGUGGGAGAGAUUAAAACUGGUCAUUAUUGAUGUGAGUUGACAGGGAGUAACACAGGGUGUGUAGACAAGUCCUAAUUGGAGUUAGUGGAGCGGGUUCCCAGCAGCCGCAGCAGCACCGAUACAGAGGACCAGACGUUAGUCAAUCUGUGACCGUCAGCCAUCAGUGUGGAAAUGUCGACUAAACGUCUGACUAUCAUAGCGCUAGUCCACACCGCACUCAUUAUCCCUAAUCUUCCAAAUUUAGUCAAUGCAAGCCCCAGUAUCACUGGGGUCACACCCAAACCCCUGGGGGUCGGAGACAGUGGGGUUGGGGGUGAAAAAGAGUCCCUCCCAGAGACCAAAAAAUCACAGUCUAAUCUGUCAAGCAUACAGGCAGCAAAGCAAAUGUCAGUGUCCCCUUCCAAUGUGUCGUCGCUUAACACAAUGACCUCUCAGACAUCCUUUUCUCUGUUUUCCACCUUGCUGCCUGCAUCGGCUGCAUUGAAGAGUCCAAGCAAUUCUACAACAAACACAUUCCAGUCACAACCGUCAUUCCUCGAUGUGUCCCCAACUCCGGCGGCCAGCCUCUCCCCUCCUGCUGUCAAUGAAACCUUCCAGAUCUUCCUUAACCCACCAUCAAUCAAUGAACUGCGAGUGAAUUCUAAUCAGACCAUCAUCUUCAACUGUACUACAAUAUCAGGCCGGAGUGCGACGACACGUCAAUAUGAUGAUAAUAAUAAUGCUAAUACCAGUACGACGAACAACGGGUCUACACUGCCACCACACCAGGCGGCCUCUGUCCAGAACACUGCCACUGAUGGCCAUGGCAGCACCCCUGUAACAAGACGCAGGUACCAGGCUGUCAUAGAAACCAGCAAUGGCAAAGUGGCCAAGCUGUACAAAUGGGACAAAAAUAAGAAACGAAUCAAUUUCUACGACAACAGUGAUUAUCUUCAUGACAAAAUUCGUAUGCAUAUUCGGCUCAAUGAGGAGUAUAAUUUCACCAUAGAGGCAAUGCAUAUAGGCUAUGUGACUAUGUCUGUUACGCUUCUAGACCUCGACAGUGAGCAGACAGCCAGGGAGGGGGUAUACAAGGCCUUGUCCCAUGCCAAACUCGCCAUGGCCACUGUACGGGCGGAAAAAACAGCCGACUUUGUUUUUGAUUGUUCAGCCGCUGCGGUGGCCAUACUAAUCAGUUUUGGAAUUGGAUGUGUUACCGACACGGAGAGUCUAAAACGUCAGCUCAAAUACCCGGUGUCCCUACUCAUCGGCUUCUGUUGUCAAUUCCUUCUGAUGCCAGUGCUUGCCUUCGGGAUAGCUAUGAUGCUUCCUCUGGAGCGAAACAUUCGGUUUGGUCUGCUGUGUGUGGCGUGUGUCCCAGGGGGCGGGCUCGGCCAUGUCGCAGUCGUCGUUAGUCAGGCUGACCUUCCACUUAGCCUCGCUAUGAACCUCAUCAGCAUCGUCGCCAUGCUAGGUACAGCUCCAUUGUGGAUAUUUGUGUUAGGACAAUAUUUUCAACAGAAAGGUAGCUCCAAGGUCAUCCCUAUCUACAAUUUUGAGAUUUGGCUGGCUUCUACCUUCUUUGCCUACACGGCAGGACUUGUGAUAAAUCGCUUCAAACCUGGCAUGGCGGACGCCCUACUGACCUGGAUCAUAAAGCCAUUCCUUCUACUUGCAACGAUAUUAUAUAUUACUUUAGGAGUGUAUAUAAAUAUGUACGUGUUCGAUGAUAUAGAGAUGUAUGCUGUGUUAGCGGCACUUCUACUUCCAAUAUCAGGUUUUGCCAUAACCUUUGGUCUUUCAAAAGUGUUUCGCCAAAAACCAAACUUUUGUCAAUCUGCAGCGCUAGAAACUUCCAGUUUCAAUUGUCUAAUAGUGCUAGCUGCAAUACGGUUUACACUUCCGAAACCUGAUGCCGAUUUAGCGUCAGAAAUACCCAUGUGGAUCAUGUUCACAAUUCCUGGGAUGUAUGUGAUUCUCUCUAUAAUUCGAGUGAUAAAAAAUUUCAUUUCAAAUUUUCUGGAAAGUCGGAAACAGCAACAAUUCCGUCAUUUUAGCAUCGCAUCAGGAAUUGUAAAUCAGGCCAACAUGGCUGCCUUAUCAGCACCGCUAUUUGUGACGGAGGUAACAGACGACGAGCAAGGCUCUGUGAGUGAGAAAAUCACUGUGUUAUAGCAUAUAAAAUAUAUUAGAGAGCUGCAGAAAUUAAUUCGUGAUAAUAUGUCAGCUUGAAUGAAAUUAAACUCACUGUUUAAUAUUAUAAUACAUAUAUGUCUAUAUAUAUACAUGGGUGUUAUGAAAACAUAUUAAUUAUAAUUUAUUUCAAUUCCAGAAAUAGACGUUGCCAUGACCAUAUUUGGAAUAACUUGCUCACAAGUAAAAAAAAUCCCUUUCAUUUGUAUGGUCUAAUUAUGUUUUUUUUAUUAUCAUCAGUAUCCGAGUUAAUAAAGGGAAAGUUUCUCCUAAUAUUCCAACGACUUUCCAUGUGUGUACAACACAAAGUAUUUGUUAUACCUGUUUCAAGCUUCCCAAAGACAAUGAUCAUGAUCUCAUGUAUAACGCUCGUUACUUGUGUCAUACCGGCCAAUAAAGAAAUGAAAAAGGAUUUAAUAUUACUCCUCAAGAGCCUUGAAUUCCUUUCACUUGAUUUCAUGUAAUUGUACUUAAACAACAGAGUAUAAUUCAUUUUUUCUGAUCUUUUGGUCCUUAAUUUUUGUUAUAUAAACAAAUUUGAGUUCUAGAUUGAGCAAAUGGAAAGCAUAUCUUUUCCCAACAGCCUAUAAUUUGAAAUAAACCUUACAAUUAAGUGAUUGUUGAAUUAUUAAAAUAAUUUCUCUGAAUUGUUUGUAUGUAACUUGCAUGUGUGUUCCAUAAAAAAGGAACAAAGGGCCUGUAGACACAUUAUAUAAUGGACAUGUAUAUUAAAUAUGUAGAUUCACUAUAAAUUUGCAAACCACAAGGAGUUAUCAAAAUGCAAGUAAUUUAAGUGUUACCUCCUUAGCUUGUAGUUGUAUUUAUUCAUCAUAUAUAUUUUUCAUCUAUCUUUUUUAACAUGUUGGAACAAAACAACCACUACACUACACCACCAGAAAGAUUUCAUCAGCAAUAUUAGAAAUAUAGCGAUCAAAUAAAAAGAAGAAGGAAUAGCAAUAACAAAAAAAAUAACGGUAAUUAUAAUACAUUGUAUAUUGAAUAAAAUAUAAUGACAGCAGUGAUUGGCCUCUGAGACAGGGUACAGAAUGUUGAGAUAUGGAAUAAAUUAAAAUAAUAACAAUGAAAUGAAAAAUAAUUUGAAAUUGAAAAAUUAAAAGUAAUUCAACACUAAAUUGAAUAAAAUAUUUAUCAAAUUUGACAUAACUUUUCAAUUUAUCUUAAAGUGUAUCUUACCCUCUCUAUUAUUUACAUCUUAUGAGAUUGGAAAGGCAGGUAAUUUGCUGUAUUUAUCCAGCAAUAAGGCCAUGCCUGGUAAUAGCCCCACACACAUAUUGCAGUUCAGUAGAAAUGCCAACAAAUGAUACCUAUCAUUGUCCUGUAAUAAGCUAACCCCUACUAACCCCCUACUUUGAGCCAGAGAUUAUGUAUUGGUCCCAUAGGCAUAUUGAUAGAUAUGGCAAAAUGAAAAAUAGAUAUAAUAUUUUCGAUAGUAGGUAUAACAAGACAGAUCAUACUGUAAUUUUCAUGUGAAGAUUAAAUAAAUUGAGAUAUACAGCUGUAGUAGUAACCAAUCUAGAUUAAAAUAAAGAUUAUAUAAUGUACUAUAUUAAUAUCAUAUAUAUAUAUAUACAUAUAAUAGGUUAGUAAUAGAAUA